CAACAACAGCAACAAGCUCAACAGCAAGCUCAGCAGCAGCAACAGCAGCAACAGCAACAGCCGGCGAGUUCACCCGGAAGCGGUAACGCUGGAAAGGGCAGUCCGUCCCCAGGGAAUUCGUCGUCCCCUGGUGGCGGCGCCUCAACCAAAGCCCAGACCGAACCCAAACCGGUCGAGUGCAAUUUGUGCCAUCGGAAAUUCAAGAAUAUCCCGGCGCUCAAUGGUCACAUGAGACUUCAUGGCGGAUACUUCAAGAAGGACGCGGAGAACAAGAAGAGCGAAAAGAAGGAAGUGGUCGGGCCACCCCUUCAGACAGCAUCAGUGAGCGUGAGGGCUCUCAUCGAGGAGAAGAUCAUCCAGAAAAGGACAACCGCAACGGACGCUAAUACCACGCAACCACGUGCGAGUGCGAAUGCGUUUACUACACAAAACGAUGGCGCAUCUCACGCAGUUGGUAAAACGAAUUUUGCCGUUCCCGCACCACCGCCAUUGGCAGCUGGAGAGAAAGUACGAAGACACUCGGACAGUGAGCAUUUUCGACAGCCGAACGUCACCAUGGCCAAUCACGCUGCUGUACAAAAACAGCUGCAAGAAGCUCAGACGCAGGCACAGGCACAAGCACUUGCUGAUAUGAUUUUAAAGGGCACUACCAAAAUGGCUGUUAAGAGGGCCACCUCCGAUCCUGGUCAAAGAGUUCAAUUGACUUAUCAGUCGCCUGUGCAGUCCACGACGAAUCAGCAACAACAGAAUCAAUCGCAAGCUCAGACAACACCCGCAGUCACGGAGAGCUUCACGAUGACGGGAUAUUCGGAAGAUGGUGGAUACUUUAGUCCCAGCUUGCAGGACGAAGUCUUUCAGCAGGUCACUGCAGUUCCUGAUAGCGUCCUUCUACACGCAACGCAAUUGGACUCUAUACAGUUUCAGACAGCGAGUCUACUUCAGGAACAGACAUCAGAGCAGCUUCAGGAUAUUUCUUUGGAGGACCGAUUUUCCAGCCAGCACACGGUCAAUCCGGACCUUCAGGCGCUGGUGAAUUCACCGUUGCCGGACUCAUUGGCGGAGUUCAGCACUUACGGUGCACAGUACACUGAGAGUCCUCAUACCUUGCCAACGCAGUCGCCAUUGCCAUCGCCGUUGACCCGACACGACAGUCCAAGCUUCACCUAUCCAACGCCUCCAGCCAGUCAGGAAGGCCUUCUGACCGGAAGUUUGCCACUCCUGAGUCCGCAAGAAGAUCCAGAAUCUGUUAGGCCGGUGUCGUCACCUUUAUCAGCAGCAUUUUACACUUCGACGAUGUCAUCCGCAGCUGCUGUGGAAGAAGCUUUAAGUGAAGUUCUACCUGGAGAAACGGAAGCAGAUGCUGAUUUUUAUGGCGGCUCUCCUAAUCCUCACUCGCCACUACCAAGUCCGUUGUCAGCUACUCCAGCGCCAUCUCCCUUAUCCUCUUUACCACCGUCGUCUGUCUCUUCGCCAGGUCCUGGAACGUUCUCGACCUCGAGCUUUCCUGUAUCUCCUCAUCACGCUUUACAGAAUCAGAUGAUGCCUAAUUCGGAAGAUCCUCUCUUGUCCUCAAGCCCGAAGGACUUCACGGCAGGACGUAGAAAAUUUGAAUUUCAAUCCUACAAGCUGAUUACCAGUCAAAACCUUGUAGACUUUGGACUCAAUGGCAACCUUGCUGGUAUCGUUGUUGAUAAUAAUGGAGAAUUCAAACUCAUCCAGACAGCUGGACUGCAGAAAGCUAAUGUACUCGUUCAAGCCGGUUCUCUUAGUCCUGCUCUCACCUUCAGGAAAGAGAUUCGCUUGGCCACGCCGAAAGUUGAACCUGGCACCAUCAACGUCACCCCGACCGGUCUCAACGUUCAGACGCAGUACCAACCUAAUCAAGUUCAUCAACAAGCCAUUAAUCCAGCCAAGUUUCUCAUACAGACUAGCAAUGUUGGUAAAAAUACUUUGAAGCACAAGACAGUUAAUAGUCUUCCGAUUCCUAUCGAACAGAUAAAAGAAGAGCUUCUAGACGAGGAUGUCUUUCUCAGCCCCACAAGCAUCCCAGCUAGUCCCAUAAGGCAGUGCAGGAAGAGGCCAAGAAUGGACGGCCAUUAUUCGAAUUCUCAUUCGUAUCCUUCACGUCUGAGAAGAGCCUGUGACCGACACUGGGACAGUAGUUACACCCCUCCGCCAAUCCUGGAUCCUUCUCGACCUGGACCUGGUCUCUAUGCGAGACUACAUCAAUACGAAAGAGAGUCAGAAUUCAGUUCGGAUGAUUCCCAAGGAAACGACGGACCACCUCCGAGGAUUAACAUUGGCACCAGGUACCAGGCUACGAUACCACCGGUUAGGUGCGAUGGUGAUCGAGGAAGAGGAGGUCCUGAGGUCGAUCAUCUUCUUUGGGAUCCCGGCAUAAACAACGUCCUCACCGACAAUGAGUUGGAAAUGUAUCUGCAGUUCGCUUGCUGCGCCGCUGUACCCGGCGGUGGUAGAAACAAGGAAUAUGCACUUCACCUCUUGCAUAUGUGCAAAGGAAAUAUACAUGAAGCUAUGCUGAAAUUAAUGAGACCAACGCCGACCUUACCAGCCGAGCACCCGUUGCUCAGUUACGAAUGUCACGAGUCUGAUCGUUGGACACCUCAUGAAAUGGAUGUGUUUCAUCAAGGCUUACUCAAGUACAACAAGGAUUUUUCUGCGAUAUCCCAGGACGUGGGCACCAAGUCUGCGAAACAAUGCGUGCAAUUCUACUACCUCUGGAAGAGGCUCUGCCCGGACGAGUACAAAAGGGCGAGGGCACGCCAUGGAAAACCAAAGAUCAAAAGCGAGAAUAAAGAUUUUAAGGACUCUAAAGACACUAAGGAACUUCGAGACGCCAUUGCAUCCGUCACUGAAAUGGACUUUAGCGAGGAAAAGUCUAUUCUCCAUCGUACGCUGUUGCAGACGAACGAAAGAGAGAACUCCGCAACCCUGACCACCAGUGAAGGAGAAUUAAGGUUAUUUGCGUAUGACUGUCCUGAUAGCUUUAGCGGAAGUGUAACAGUAACGAUGGCUGGGAGCACCCAUACCGCCCAAGCCGUCAAAACCGGCCACGCCACAGUCAACACCAACUCACAAACUCACACUAGUUCUGAGCAACUACCCGUGUCCACCCCACUUCACUACCCCUGCAAGAUUUGCGGGAAAGUUUUCAACAAAGUGAAAAGCAGAAGUGCGCACAUGAAAUCGCAUCGGCCAAUGCCCUCGCCCGAUUCAACGGGACAGGAAUCUAAGCGACCGACGCAGCAGUCGAAUGCGCAACAGCAACACCAGCAACAACAGCAACAACAACAACAGAGCAACACGUCGACGCAAGCGCAAGACUAUCAGCAACAAAUAUCGACGGGCAACAACGCCGAUUCGAACGCGCACAACGCCACACACUUAUGGCACAAUCCAACGAGACUCAGGCCACCAUAGGAAACUCGGUUAGCUAUACUUAAGUUACCUUAACGAAGGCUGUAACGGUACGAUAAGAGAAGUGAUAUCACGUGACGAGGUUAGGAAAUAAUUCGCAAAUUUCCGAACUCCAAGUCGUGUUCGUAGUGAGAUACUCCGUCUGGCGAAGUUACGCGAUGCCGAAGAUGUUCGCGACGAGCUGCGUCUGACGUAUUCUCAGACAGUUCUUACGAGACAAUUUUGUUUUCCCUCUUUUCGUCUUUCUUCCUAUCUUCUUUGGCAUCCUGUAUAAACGUGACCAGGAAUCAAAGUGGGAAUCGCGAGUUCGUAAAGGCCUAAGACGUGCCGAGCAAUCGACUGUUAGGAAAGGUUACAUAACCUCCUCCGACUAAUGCAAAUUCUGCACAAUGAAUUUAAAUUCGUAAUCUAAGGAAAAGAAUGCGUGCUAAGCACUCUUCGAGCGUCUAGGGCAAAACUCUGUUAGGGCGAUACAGAGGACAGGGUACUUAUUUAAUGCGACGAACGAGCGAAGAGUAAGGGUUGGGAGGGGAAGAACAAUGAAAAUUUUCCACGUUCCGUACAACUCGCUCGUCUCGAAAUUGGAAUGCGUGCAGGCGUUCCUUCCUUUUUUUUUUCUUACUGAAAAAGAACAAAGAAAGGAAGAACCAUGAAUUGCCAUGACGAUCCGUUCGAUCGAUGCUCUAUACACGGCUAUAAAAAGUCUAUCGAGGGGUAUAUGGCCUAAGCGAUGUAGUGCGCACUGUCGUGUGAUAAUAGCGCAAUGUUAAUACGAGUGACAGAUGCGCGCAAUGAGUACGCAAAUCAUUGAGAACGGCGGAAAAAAGAAAAGUGAACGCGCGCUGUAGUUAAGCGACGCCGCCAUAAUCGACGACGACUGCGACUUUGGGGAUGGAGAAAUAUAUAAUAUUAAUUGUGCACACGCGAAGUUCCCAGACUAUGCCAGAAGACAUUAACUGUUACCUGUUGCGUAUUUCUUCAUAUUACCAGUUUUAGGUUGUUUCCUUUACUUUGUUCCUCUUACUAUUCAUCUUUCCUCUCUCUUUCAUUCUUCCUCCCAUGGACUUCUUUCGAUCCACCGUUAUCCGUGGCCGAUCACGAAACGCCCGACCAACCGUCCGACAAUGUUCGUCGCUACGAGACAGAGUUGACGAGGAAUUCCUUAAAAUCGAUACGAAAACAUUUAUCGUUUUAAUUAAAGAAAAUAUAACCCUCGUAACGUUUCUACGAGUUUCCAUAUUAAAUACGUUUGUCUGAUUGCUUCCAAUCUUGUCAUGACGCACAUUGAAGACACGGUCGAGUGAUUCGCGAUCGGGAUGGUCGAUACGUAAGGUACCACUUGUUGUACGUUCAUUCUAGAUAUAUUACUUAGUUAAUUAAAUACUUAAAUGUAAUUGAGGAAGGAUAGGUAAGCGGUAUUCGCGCACGCAUAGAUUUGUUGAGAGACCCGAUUUUCGUUACCUCUAUUAUUACUUAACACAUUGAUGAUAUUUGAUCGAAUAGAAUUUUAAUAUAUAUAUUGAUGUAACUUAUAAUAUUAUUUCUAGAUUAGGCGAUUAGUUCUCUAAGAACAUUGUUCAAGUUUCACUAUGCAGGUAUUCGGCGCCACCGACACCGGAUGUAAUAUAACGAUUAUACAUACAUAUAUAUAUAUACACACACGUGCAUACAGGAACACACUAUAUUCAUACACUCUCACUCGCAGAGGACACAGAGACACAAAAUAGAUUAAAUCGCUCGAUAAAACAUUAAUUAACUAAUGCGAUCACUAAAUUACUACGUGUACAUAAUAACGUGUACAUGACUGUACAUAUACAUAAAUGUCUGUAUGUACAAUUGAGAAAAAGGAUUUUACGCGAUUUAAGUAGCAUAGGUUUUAGGUUGUUCUAGAAGGGAUCUUAUAUAUACUAGGUAUAUACACUUGGCUUGGUUUUUCUACCUUACUAAGGCCCUACGUGGCGAGACUCUUGCAAAAACAAUGUCGAGUGGAUACAAUUUUUUAUUAAGAGUGACAAACUUUUCUUUCUUGGCUCAUUUAUAUUUUCCAAUGGGAUACCAAUACGAUGUUCCUAUAUACAGGAAGGUAUCCUAAAUAAGAAAACCGAUCAUGGUCGUCCGCGUUUGAAAGAAAACUUGUCUGAGUAUAAAUAAUGAAAAGACGUCGUUGUACGAUAGCUUAAUUUUUAUCGAUCGUAAUGAAAUUCAGUUCACAGUCCCAAACUACGUAAUUCAAGAUGAAGUCAUCGCUCUACAUUUUCAUCAUUUACACUUUGCAUCACUUUCAUUGCUGAAGUCGAUAUGUAGGAACGUCCUUAUUGAAAAACAAAAAAGAAAAAAAAAAUAGAAGGAAAAAAAAUGAAAAAGAACUUUUUAUAUUUUAGAGAAGGAGAUACGAUGCGCAUCUUUGCUAGCUCAAUUCUAAGCUAUAUUCUAACGGUACUUUUUACACGGUGUUAAACGAAGAAAAGAAAACGUUAAUGUAUAUCCCAGUUUCCUUUAAAGGAACUCUAAAUUGUUGUUCAAGAGGUUUGCCAAUCGUAGACGCUAUAACUCUAUCCUAAAAUAUUGUUAUUCAUUGUUAACGCUCUUCUUCUUAUUAACUUUUAACAUUAAAAUAAAUCACGCUGAAUAUUUUAACAUUUGGAUCUUUUCUCGACUUUUAUAAACAAGAGGGAGUGACCGGAUGCUGUUUGAAACGAUCUAUGAACUCCGAACGAUCUUUAUUGCUAAUUAGUCAAAUCUUUGAUACGCUCAAACGUUCAAUAGGCAGAGGUCGAAGUUCUCGAAGAACCAUCUAUUAUCUCUUUGUAAUCGAGCAAGAAAUGUCAAGAGCCCUCUUCGUCAUUUUUGUUCUUUCUUGUAAAACUUUCCUCCCUCUUCCUGCAGCAAUCUUUCAGUGCGCUUCAUUUCUAAGGCUUGCCCCGAAAUUUUACGUAAAAAAAAAAAAUCUAAAACAAACUGAAAAAUCAAAAGAUCCGGCCACACGAGAUACAUAUGUCUAUUGUUAUAACGUUCAUUUACAGGUUCGCAUACAUAGGUAAAUGAGUACGGACGAGAACGAUCAUUACGUAAAAACAUAAUUUACAAAAGUAACGAUAUCUGGAUUUUUUCAACUUUUUUUUUCAUUUAAACGUAAAUUUUUCAAACUCAUCGAAUCUUCAGAAUCCCCUGUAUUUCUUUCUUUAACCAUAAAGGGUACAUCCAAUUAAAUCAAUACGGAGAAAAGUUUUGAUAGGUCGUCAGGGAUACCGAUGAAAAAUGAAUAUUCCUUUUUUCCCCAUUAAUUAACUUUAUUCAGAUUACUUGGUAAUUAAUGUUCGUCUCACGAUCGUACUCCUUUACUUCUACAGUUAAUAUACAGACGACGCGGGAUUCAGUGAAUUCUGUGUAACAGCCUCCAGCGCAAUUUGAAAAUGUCGUAGCGCCUAAUAAUCUAUUGUACUAUAAAUAAGAUUUUAGAACUUCGAAUCAUAAAGGUUAGUUUAUUUAAGGAGUUGAAAUUGUUAUGGACUCCGGUCUAAAGGGGACGACGAAGUCAUAUAGAUCGAAUGCAACAAAAUUAGCAGACAUAUCAUUUAAGACAAUACACUUGUUACAGAAACUAAGUUUCUACUAAUAUAAUUACUAUUGUACGUAAUAUAAGUCUUAAACGGACUUACAAUUAGAGAAUCAGGGGAAUCGGGGUAGCUAGCGAUUAAAAAUGAUGAACAUAAGCGAUUUUACCAGUCGCCUGUUUCGAGUCCGGAAAACGAUAAAAUUGUCGCCAUCAAUAUCGGUCGUUGCUAUUAUUAAUCAAAUCAAAAUUUACUCAACGCGUUCCGCCCACCACUACCAGCAACAAAUCAAAACUAACUUCAAAUAAUUACUGAAAGACAUCGAUCCAUUCGAUAUACCUAAUUCGCGAUCGCUAUAACUCAUCAUGGUCUUCCACUAUUGAUUUCAACUUGGAUUCUCUAGAAUUUUACUCUCCCACGCUCCUCUGCAAGACGAUUAUUAUUGUAAGAGAAAACCAUACGUAUUCUUGACUCGAAGUAAUAAUAGCGUGGAAAUUAUCGCGCGGCGAAUCGCUGGAGGCUGUCUGCUCAGAAAAGCGGAGCAGGAAAAAUUAACGAAGCAAUGAAACAGUAACGAAGAUACGCAUGAAUUGUACAAACGAGUCCCUCCACGUCACAGAAACCAAAAAGAAGUAACGAUAUAUAUAUAUAUAUAUAUACAUCGAUUGUCAUACUAUAUAUAUAUAUAUACAUGGAGAAUAUAUAUAUAACAAGAUGAUAAAUAUGUGAUGUAUUUAAAUGGUAUGUGGUAUAUGGUAUUACAUAUUUGUACAUAGGCGGACCCGUGCCAUCAACUAGUGAGUUGUACCGAUAUUGUACUGACACUGAGCGAAGAUCGAUCAAAAACCGCGGUUCGCUGGAUAUCGAACAGAGAUCGACAAAUUCUUUAUUAUCUUGAUUUAUUUAUUUAUUAUUAUUAUUGUAUAACUGAUAGAACAUUUAUUUUUAUAAAUCGAAUUAGGACAUCGUGUAUAUCGUCGAUUUGUUGUCAAUAUACAAUACUUAUAAUAUAUUACAGACGCAUUUUUCAAGUGAUAAAGUAUUCUGAUUUUAUUGAAUUUCAGUAGGCAAGCUUUAAGAGUCAUUAAGCCCACGAUCGUUCAUCUCUGAUCGAUAUCCAGUGAUUUCAGUACUUUGCCAAGAUUGGAAAAAAAAAAGAUAAACGAUAAGAAAAGUACAAGAGCUAACAUCCCCGAGCGAGUCGUGCUAUUAAGUGAUGCUACGAUAAUAUUCGACGACUGUCAGGAAUCAUGAUUGAAUAUCGCGAUAAAUUUAUUUCAAUUUAACGACAAUACCUUGUAACGUAUUAAUUAAUCACGCCUAAUAUUUUUUGUCGUGCAUUAGCAUUUUCACGAACUAACAUUUCCUGCUUUGACUUUAAUGCAAGGUUCGAUAUAUCUAUUUAUAAUGUCUCAUUCGCAUUUUACAAAAAAAAAAUUCUUCAUCUUCGCAAUUACGUCUAUUAAGGUAGAAUUAUGUAGCGAACGUAUUAACGCUCUACGUGAAACAUACAGGUACUCAAAGCCAUACUUACGCAGAGAAAAAAUUUCAAUGGUCAAAACAAUUGGAACGAGGUUUACAGUGAAAUUGCCAAACACAAAUACUAAGAAACAAAAAAAGGAAUUAUAUAAGAACGAAAAACCACAUUAAACGAAUGGCUAAACUUCGACCGUGACAAAAAUAUAUUGGUACAACUCGAUGAAGAAAGUGUAGCGUGGUUAUACACCUGAGGAAUGUGCUCAAAAUACUGUAUUAAAGAGAAAAAAAGUCUACUAAAGAAUCAUCAACGUUUAUGCAAAAUUACUCUUAACGAAGGAAAAAAAAAAAUUAUUAUGGAUUAUCGAUAUUGUAAUCUAUUGUCCUCUUACUUAUUACCUACUUUAAUGUCUAUCUCUAUACACCAGCAUGGUUCUUUAUACUCUUCUAUUUGAUGUUACACUAUUCUCUAUUAACUUUUACUAUUAGACCUAUUGUUAAUAGCGUUUUUAAUGUAAUAGAACUUGGCCAGCUGUAGCGUAGCCUUCGGAUAUGUCAUCACGUCAAGUUGCAUAAUAGGAAUCGACUACUCGCUAUAUUUAAUAGCAAGACAAAAUUUCGAUUCCCUCAUUAUAGAAAGAGAGAGUGAGCGCGCGAGCGCGCGAGAGAGAGAGAGAGAGAGAGAACAAGAGCGUUCUUUACAAACCCCGUGUUUCGCAGUUACACAACACACGAUGACACACGCACACAAUUUUUCAUACUUCAUUAACUCUCGUGCGCACACUUAUCAAAACGCAUACCGAGAAUGCUCAAAAUUUUUCAAAAAAAAAAAAAAAGAAAAAGAAAAAGAAAAAAAACCAUACUAUUUUUCUCGUGUUUUCCUCCGACACUAAAGUCUCAUAUAGUAAUUUUGUGUAUAUACCGAGAACGUUCAAUUAUGAUUAUUAUUUUUGUCUUUCAAUAAUCAUAAUUGUUCUGUUAUGUCGUAGACUUCCCUUAAUUUAUCAUUACGCAAUAAUUACCAACAGAGGGACUGGUCUUCGGCUGUAGCAAUACCUAGUAUGACGUAACGUUGCACUGUCAUUCUUUACGCACUUCUCUGCUCAACUAGUUCUUAUUACCAAUAAUGUACUUAUACGUUAGACAUUGUUUGUUGUAAACUAGAAUCUCGUUGUAGCGUAUCACUCACUAAUCCAGUCGCUUUAGUCGUCUUGCUCAAUACACAAAGAGAGAGAGAGAGAGAAGGAGAGAGGACAAAGAAUGGAGAAAAAGUAGAGCUUAAAGUCAUCAGAAAGCAGGCUAUCGCGAUUGGUAUAUCAAUGAAACAGUAAUUAACUCAAAUGACAAAACUUACAGUGUAAGUCGCUCAAAUGUCGGUGCCAUAAGCAAUAUGGACAAUAUAAUAUUAAUUGUUUUAAUGACUGUGCGGUAAUCUACAGCUGGCCCAAGGAAUUCGAUUGUGCAUUACAGUUAUCUUCUCAAAAAAUCGUCUCCCACCUACCACCCUCUCACUUGACGAUUUCCCCCCACUUCGUGUGCGAUCAAUCAUCGAAAGCUCUCUCGCGUGUUCCUCGCCAAAUCUUGGACAAAUAUUCUGUUGCCAAUUACCAAUAACGCGUUGCGUAGUGAACGUACGAGGACGUUAAUUAUCGAGCCUGUGCUAUACCUAUAUCUAAUGUAAGUUCUAAUUAACAGUGUGCCACUCUCUGCUAACGUUAUCGUUCGAUCAAUCGAAAGAUUUCAUACGUGCAUACGUGCAUACGUGCAUAUACUUACCUGUCAUCUAUUGUUAUUACCGUAGCGAUCAUCCAUCAUCUUGUUACCUGCGUUUCUCUUCGUCGGUUAGACUAGGAAUUUUGUUCCUUGGGAAUCCAAUUUGCUCUUCGUCGCCAUCAAUCACAAUGAACGAAUCAGAGUAAGAAAGUUGAUAUUUUUCAAUUUUUUCUUUUGACGGAAAACUGUAAUGCGUAAAGUCAUUUUUACACACCAUUGAGUCAAUUCGAAGUGCGAUGUGAUCUCGAGUUUGUCGAGUGUUGUUGAUACGUGUGAAUGGCC